GCGAUCGGCCGCUCUGUCGCGACUCUAAACUUAACGCACAAAAACACGUUUUCAACAAAAGUGUUAACUUAAAAGUGUCGACAUUAUCAAAAUAACGUAAACCGUGUAUUCGGAUUGCAGUGUUGUGUUAAUAACAAAAGAAAUUGCAAUCAUUUGUGCAUUAGUGUUCUCGUAUCGGGUUAUUUCCUAAAAAAAGUUGAGAUAAAAAAGAGGAAUUGAUUAUGUUUGUGAACGAAACUGUGUUGUGUUGAGGAUUCUGGAGGUGUGUGUGAGGAUGUGCGAGCGGUGAGGACAACAAACGCGCCAUGUUGCGCGUCAUUACAUUGCUAGUGGUGGCUGCCGCCGCCGAGCACGUCCGGGAAUUCACGGUGCGAGAGAACGCGCGCGCGGGCACGCUAGUCGGUCACCUCGGAGACGAACUUCCCGACGCCGCACCACCAUACACAAUAGUCCCAGUUCCCGGCAGCGCUGUUAAUGACGACCUCAAAAUAGACCCCCAUACUGGAGAGAUACGGACCCGCGCCCCUCUAGACAGAGAGAACAGAGAUCAAUACGCGCUUGUUGCAAUACCCGCUAGUGGUGAUAACAUCCGUGUUGUUGUCAGAGUUUCAGAUGAAAAUGAUAAUGCACCAACUUUUCCGACGCCAGUUAUGAAUGUAGAAUUCUCUGAAAACACUCCUAGGGACGUUAAAAGAAAACUAAAUCCGGCUAGGGACCAGGAUUUAGGUGUUUUUAAUACGCAAAGGUAUAACAUAGUGUCGGGCAAUACGGAAAAUGCGUAUAGAUUGUCCUCCCAUAGGGAACUAGACGGUGUUCUUUAUUUAGAUUUACAAAUCAAUGGAUUUCUUGAUAGGGAAACAACGGACCAUUAUGAAUUAGUUAUAGAAGCGUUAGACGGCGGUACACCACCACUUAGAGGUACGAUGACUGUAAAUAUUACAAUAUUAGAUGUAAACGAUAAUCCUCCAGUGUUUGCUGAAAGUGUAUAUUCUGCAACAAUACCAGAAAAUGCCACCAUAGGUACAACUGUACUAAAAGUCUUCGCAACAGAUUCUGAUGCAGCAGAGAAUGGACUGAUUGAAUACUCAAUAAAUCGAAGACAAAGUGAUAAAGAGAAUAUGUUUAAAAUAGAUCCUGAUACUGGGGAGAUUACUGUAAAUAAAGCUUUGGAUUUUGAAACCAAAGAACUACAUGAACUUGUGGUUGUUGCUAGAGAUAAAGGUGCACAACCUUUGGAAACAACUGCCUUUGUAUCCAUUCGAGUUACGGACGUGAAUGAUAAUCAACCAACCAUAGACGUGAUAUUCCUGAGUGAUGAUGCUACUCCAAAAAUAUCUGAAUCUGCGCAGCUAGAUGAAUUCGUAGCAAGAAUAUCUGUGCACGAUCCGGAUUCAAAAACGGAAUACGCAAAUGUAAAUGUAACACUAAGUGGUGGUGAUGGACAUUUCGAUUUGCGGACGCACGAUAACAUCAUCUAUUUAGUUGUAGUCGCGUUACCCUUGGAUCGGGAAUCUAGAUCUACUUAUACUCUAAACGUAGUCGCUACUGAUAAAGGAUCGCCUCCUUUACACGCGUCGCGUAUCAUCAGUCUUCGAGUGACUGACGUGAACGAUAAUCCUCCAGUAUUUUUGGAAAGUGUAUAUAAAACGAGUGUGCCCGAAGCUGCCGCGCCCGGUACACCCGUCAUUCAAGUGUCUGCAUUGGAUGCGGAUGAGGCAGAGAAUUCGGAAAUUAGGUAUUCGUUGUUACCAACACCGCAAUCGGAUUGGUUCGCGAUUGACGAGCGUUCAGGAUUAGUGACAACACGUUCUCGCGUUGAUUGUGAAACGAAUCCAAUGCCAAAGUUAACGGUGGUGGCGACUGACCGCGGUACACCGCCGCUGACGUCCACUGCUACAUUGUUGGUAACUGUGUUGGACGUGAACGACAACGAGCCGAUAUUCGACCAGUCUUUCUACAAUGUCACCGUGUCGGAGAGCGAAGCAGUCGGCAGCUGCAUUUUAAAGAUGUCAGCAAUCGACCCAGACUGCGGUGUGAACGCGAUCGUCAACUACACGCUGCCUGAACAAGCGUUACUGCGAGCACUGUUCGCCAUGCGACCAGAUACAGGCGAACUCUGCGUCGCCGCACCAUUGGAUCAUGAACUCAACAGUGACUUCGAAUUUCCAGUUGUUGCUACUGAUAGAGGGGGCCUGUCCACGACCGCUAUGGUGAAGAUCCAACUUCUCGAUAUAAACGACAACGUUCCCGCAUUCACUGUUAAAGAUUACAAUGUAUCUUUAAAAGAAGGCAGGAUAUCGUCAAAUGAACCGAUCGUAGCUGUCACCGCAACGGAUGCUGAUUCAGGGAGAUUUGGAACCGUUACUUAUAGAAUAAUCAACGGAAACGAUAAUGAUGUGUUUAGAAUAGACAGAAGUACGGGGGAAAUAUUCGUUACAAAGCCAGCUUUGAUACAAUCAAAUGGAAAAUUUGAUUUGGAAGUUUCGGCGACAGAUGGCGGUGGACUCACUGCGCCUCAAGGUGCUACUGUACAUGUAAAUGUGAUGCCCACUGGUGUUGGCUCAGCCUUAUUUGAUAAACCGCGAUACAAUUUCCGAGUCAGAGAAGAUGUGAGAAGUGGAACAAUUGUUGGCAACUUGAAAGCUACUGCUGGAGGUAAACACCUGGUCCGGUACAGUAUAGUGUCAGGAGACCCCGACCAUCAUUUUAGUAUUGAACCCCAUACGGGUGCCAUAAGGACGGCGUCACAACUGGAUAGGGAGGUCACCUCGUCAUAUCUGUUGAAUGUUCGAGCGGCUAAUGGGAAUCCAGCCAGCUACGAUCAAACUCAGGUUCAAAUAACAUUAGAAGACGUAAACGACAAUGCCCCUGAAUUUGGAACAUCUUCAGUGAGGGUAUCAGUUGCUGAGUCUGCGUCUGUAGGGUCAGUUGUCUACGCAGCCAGAGCCACGGAUGAAGACGAAGGAAAGAAUGGACAGAUCACUUACACUCUGCUAUCUGCCACCGGACCACCAAACACAUUUGCCGUGAAUUCACAACACGGAUUGGUUACUUUAUUAAGGCCUUUGGACUACGAAGAUCUACUGAGACAUACAUUGAUCAUUGCUGCUAAAGACGGAGGAACAGCGCCGCUAAGUGCCAAUUUAACAUUAGUAGUAGACGUACAAGAUGUUAAUGAUAACGCACCAGUUUUUGAACAUGAUACUUACAGUGCUAAUGUUCUAGAGUCUGAAGCAGUAAAAUCAAAAAUAUUAGAAAUCCAAGCUAUUGACAAAGAUACUGGUAAUAACGCUCGAAUAACAUAUAAAAUACUAUCAGAAAAUAACACAAAUGAAGAGUAUUUUAACGUCCAACCAACUACUGGUUGGGUUUACCUCGCCAAACCUCUAGAUAGAGAGACAGCAGCAAAACACAAGAUGACUAUAAUUGCGACGGACAACGGUAUCCCGUCACUUUCAACCAGCGCAAGUCUAGUUGUGAAUGUAAUUGAUGCAAACGAUAAUGAUCCAGUUUUUACUCAAGCGUCUUAUGAGUUCCAAGUCGAAGAGAAUCGUAAGGCAGGAGCGUUUGUAGGCAAAAUAUCUGCGACUGAUGCCGAUUUGGGUGACAAUGCUGUAGUGAGAUAUAAUCUCUUUCCAUCAAAUACCAGUUUUAUCGUAAAUCCAGUUUCUGGUAUAAUAACUACACGAGAGGUGUUGGACAGAGAAUUUAGAUCAUCUUACUCAGUUUUUGCAGAAGCAAGAGAUUUAGGAAGUUUGCCGAGAUCAAAUAGAGUUCCUAUAGUCAUAAGGGUUACAGACGUCAAUGAUAAUUCGCCAGAAAUUAUUGAUCCUAGAGAAGAUGUUGUUAGUGUGAGAGAAGAACAACAACCUGGAGCAGAAGUGGCUAGAGUCAAAGCUAUUGAUAAAGAUAACGGUAUAAAUGCGACGGUAACGUACUCUAUCUUGAACGAAAGAGACAUGGAUGGUUAUGGCGUAUUUGUUAUCGACUCUAACACUGGAGUUAUUAAAACAAGUACAGUUCUCGAUCAUGAAGAAAGAUCAAUAUAUCGUCUAACUGUAGCAGCGACAGACAGCGGUCUACCUCCUAGACAAACUGUGAGGCAAUUAAAAGUUGAAGUAUUAGAUUUGAAUGACAAUAGACCCACUUUUACAAGUUCAAGUUUAUCAUUCAAGGUCAAAGAAAAUGCUAAGAUCGGACAUGUUGUUGGCACUGUUGCUUGUUGUGACAGCUAUUUACAAGAUAAUACAAUAAAUAAUGAAGAAGAACGACAAAUAUCCUACCUUUUAAUGCCCUUGACUUCUGAUCAUUUGCCUGGAACUUUCGAAAUUGAUCGUCGAACUGGUUCUUUGGUCGUUGCAAGGGAAUUAGAUAGAGAAAUCCAAGAAGAAUAUAGACUGGAAGUAAGAGCUUUAGACACCUCCGCUACCAAUAAUCCUCAAAGCAGUGCUGUGACUGUUAAAAUUGAAAUAAUUGAUGUCAACGACAAUGCACCGCAAUGGUCUCAAGACCCUAUUAACAUAGAAGUAUCUGAGAUCACUUCAGUUGGGAUGAUUGUGUAUAACUUUACAGCAAGAGAUGCAGACACUGGACCUAAUGGAGAACUAAAUUUUCGUAUCGUUUCAAUAUUACCACUAUCAAAAAACAUAUUUAGUCUAGACCCUUUGACUGGUACUUUAACACUAACAUCGCCACUUGACUUUGAAGAUAUAAAAGAUUUUUGGUUGAUCGUUGAAGUAACCGAUCUAGCAACUAACAUAUCUGAAAGAAUGGCAACAUUAGCAACUGUACACAUUUCUGUCACAGAUGCAAACGAUAAUAUUCCAUCAUUUGUUUCUAAUAAUAAAGUGUCAGUAACUAUGAAUACAAUAUCGGGAGUCUUAUAUCAAGCUUUAGCUGUGGACGCAGACUCCGGUGAUAAUGGUAGAAUAUCUUACUACAUUUCUAGUGGAAAUGAUCAUGCCUUCUUUUCAUUGGAUUAUGAUUCAGGAAAGUUGACUUUAUCGAAGAAAUUUUCCUCCGACACUACCAAAGUACGUUCAGGACAAUAUAAGCUAAAUAUAACCGCAUCUGAUCACGGAGUACCAUUUCCAAGACAAACUCAUAUGACAUUAAUUUUAAAUCUACAAGCAUCGACAAAUAUACCGCCUAGAUUUACAGAAAAUAUGUAUAGAGCAAAUAUUAGCGAAGACAUACGUCCUGGUAGUUUUGUUACCAGAUUAAGUGCUAAGUCGUCUAGAGGAAAUAUGGGAAAUCUUACUUAUAUGAUUCCACCUGGAUUAGCAGAUGACAAAUUUACAAUUGAAGAACGUCUUGGUACAGUAACUGUUAAAAGCAAAAUAGAUCGAGAAGAAGCAGAUCAGUACAUAUUUCCAGUUUACGUGACUGAUUCUAGUACUUUUCAAUCAAGUACAAAUUUCGACGUAGCAACCGUGUCAAUAAGUAUUUUGGAUGUCAACGAUAAUCCGCCGUCAUUCAAACCUGGUUCGUGUUAUCCAUUAGCCGUUCCGGAAAAUAAUGAACCUGAGAUUAUCCACACUAUAGCAGCGACAGAUAAAGAUAUCGGUGCCAAUGGUGUUAUAACCUACAGUAUUAUUUCUGGAAACAAUGGAAACAAAUUUUCAAUAGAUUCCACAACUGGAAAGCUUACAGCUAAAACAUUAGACCGUGAGACGCAGUCAAAAUACGAUUUGACUAUUGCUGCAUAUGAUCAUGGUUCGCCAGUAGCUCUACAAGGAUCGUGUAAUAUCUCAAUUCAUGUUGAAGACCAAAAUGACAAUGAUCCUGUCUUUGAUACAGGCCAUUAUUCAGCAGCCAUACCUGAAGAUGCACCAAUUGAUACAUCUAUUAUAAAAGUAAGAGCUACUGAUGCCGAUUUAGGUUUUAAUAAACGAAUCGUGUACUCAUUAGCUAACGAAAGUCAAGGCCUUUUUCGAAUAGAUAACAAAACUGGAGUUAUUUAUACCACCGGAUAUUUUGAUAGAGAAAAAACUAGCGUAUAUCACUUUGAAGCUGUCGCUACAGAUCAAGGACGUUACGUUGCUCGAUCACAGCGAGUAUCUGUCGAGAUUACCAUCAGCGAUGUUAAUGACAACAAGCCAAUAUUCACUAAAUAUCCAUUUAAAGAACAAAUGGCUACAUUGACACCACCUGGGCAAAGUUUACUGCGUGUUUCUGCUACUGAUAACGAUAUAGGGAUCAAUGCUGAAAUACUUUUUGAACUCUUGGACACGGCUAACCAUAAAUUCAGGAUUAACCCGACUACUGGGGUCCUUACAGCAACUCAAAGUUUAGCAAGUGAAAACGGAAAAUUUAUCCACUUACGCGUAGUUGCGAAAGAUAAGGGAAACCCACCACAGAGCUCAAUCGGACUUAUAGAAAUUCGUGUAGGUGAUUUUAGUGAUCAAUCACCGACGCUAAACUUUCAAAAUAUGACGUAUAAUGUUACCAUUGAAGAAAAUCUAGCAUAUGGCAAAGAAGUAUUACAAGUAACGGCAUUAAGAAGUGAUGGACGACGACAAAGAGUAAUUUACGAGUUUGGAAACGGAAACGAUCAUUAUGCUUUUGACAUUGACUCUAAUACAGGUGUUAUAAGAGUAAAUGAUUCAGCAAAUUUAGAUUACGAAUCAUAUCCUGGUCCCAGUCGUCAACUAGUUAUUGUAGCACGAACAGAAGGGACACCAAAUCUGUACGCUUAUUGCGACGUAAUAAUUAAUUUGCUGGACCAAAACGAUCACGCUCCUCGAUUUACACAACAACAAUAUAUCGCUAACGUUCUCGAAGGAAAUACAAAGGGCGAAUUUGUUGUACAACUUGCCGCUAAGGAUGACGACCGUGGCGCUAACGCAAGAAUCCUUUAUCAUAUUGUUGACGGCAACCAUGACAAUGCAUUUAUAAUUGAACCGGCAUUUUCGGGGUCAGUUAAAACAAAUAUAGUGCUUGAUCGUGAAAUAAGAGAAAUGUAUAAGUUAACAGUAAUUGCUACAGACGAAGGAGAUCCCCAAAUGACAGGAACAGCUACGCUAAGAAUUAACGUCGUCGACGUUAACGACAAUCAGCCCACGUUCCCGCCGCCGAACGUUAUUUCAAUAUCAGAAGGAACGGAAGUCGGAUCGAUAUUGACAUCUGUUACAGCAAAUGACGUUGACACAUAUCCUGCCCUUAAGUACGCCAUUGUUCAGGGAGACAAUACGUUUUCAAUAGACAGAUAUAGCGGGAAGAUUGUACUCAAUAAACCUUUGGACUUUGAAACUAAAAAGCAAUAUGAGGUGAACAUCACAGCUUCUGAUACCGAACAUGUGGCGAAGACUACGUUAACUAUCAAGGUUACUGAUGUCAAUGAUAACACGCCAGUUUUCGACGAAAUAUCAUACAAUAAAGUGUUACCAGAAGGUACGGGCACACAUGAAAUUGGCAAAGUUAGCGCUACUGACAGAGAUAGCGGCGAUAAUGGCCAAGUUUCGUACUCAUUUCUUAGUCCUAGUGAUGGAUACCACAUAGACACGGUGACCGGAGCUAUGUUCGUAAACUACAGCGCUUUAACAAGUAACCAACGGGAUACGCAGUUAGCUGUGUUGGCUACAGACCAAGGCAAACCAAACAAAAGUGCAGUAGCAUCUGUUAGAAUAAGCACAGGCGCUUCUUCGGAAAUCAAACCAUUUAUUGGACAAGACACUUACAGAAUCACUGUCAACGAAGAUACAGAAAAAGGAUCGUCUCUUCUCCAAAUCGGUAGCAUCAAUGAUGUACUAAAAAAAUACAAUCUCGAUUUUCAUAUAAUAUCUGGAAAUGAUGGCGACGUAUUUGAUGUUACAAUGGAAGGUGCAUUAAUAUUGGUAAACAGACUUGAUAGAGAGGUUCAAGAAUCUUAUGUAUUGGGAUUGGCAGCAGUCGAACAAGGAAAAGUUUUGUCCUACAAUCAAAAUAAAACAUCUAUAACAAUAUUUGUAACCGUAGCAGAUGCAAAUGAUAAUGCACCUAUAUUUGCAUUGAGUGAUUUUGAUAUCACUGUCAGUGAAAAUGUGAAAAUUGGAUACACUCUAACUCAGGUAUCAGCAACAGAUGCUGAUCUAUUCGGUACACCAAACUCAGUUAUUGUCUAUAACAUUACUUCUGGUGAUGAUGAAAACUUAUUCUACAUACAUCCAACUACUGGUAUUCUGACUGUUAAUAAAACCCUCGAUUAUGAUAUACAUAAUCCCAAAUAUAAACUUAUAAUCGUAGCUUGUGAUCAAGGUACACCGUGCCUGUGCAAUUCAGCGUACAUAGAAAUUGAUGUACUCGAUGAAAACGAUAAUGUACCAACAUUCCCGGUUUCUGAAUACUUUGAAACGAUCGGAGAAAAUGAAAGAGUUGGAACUUCUAUAUUUACUGCCAGAGCUACGGAUUUAGAUAAAGGAAAAUACGGAAAGUUGAACUAUUCCAUAGUUCCUAGCGCACCUAAUUAUAACAGAAAUGAUGAAUCAUGGAAAAUGUUUCAAAUUGAUUCAUUCUCAGGAUUAGUGAAUUCGAAUGCGAUUUUCGAUUACGAACAGAAAAAUAAGUAUGAAUUUUCUAUCAAAGCAUCAGAUCUAGGAGGAAAAAGUUCUACUGUAAAAGUACGAAUUGAUGUAGAGAGUCGAGAUGAAUUCUAUCCACAAUUUACACAGAAAACAUACAAUUUCGGAGUCCCCAAAUCUGGAUCUUUGCCAAUGGGUUAUGUUAUAGGACAAGCAACUGCAACAGAUAAAGACAAAGGUAUCGAUGGACGCAUUGUAUACCAAUUAUCAACUUCUCAUUCGUACUUUAAAAUUAAUAGAACAACGGGAGUCAUAAUUCUAAAGAAGAAAGUUGACUCAGUUCAAAGUUUAUUUGGAUCUGACAAAUCAAUCAGUUUAGUUGUGACUGCAAGUUCUGGUAGACAAGGGUCAUUAACAAAUAAAACAGCCGUGGAAAUACUACUAGAUCCACUAGCGGUGGUUUCUGAUAAUACCAACCUAUUAAAUGACACAUCUGUCGCGCAAAGCAGUGGACUAUCGGAUUGGGCAUUAGGAUUACUAAUCGCUUUCAUCUUUAUCAUUAUUAUUUUUGCGGCUGCGUUUUUGUUCCUUCACAUGAAGAAUAAAAGGCAUAAAAAAGUUAAUAAACCAGGCUUAAGUUCUGAAGGAGUAGGAGCCACAAAUAGCUACGUAGAUCCUAGUGGAUUCGAUACAAUACCUAUAAGAAACACGGGUCCAGUAAAUUCAGCAAAUCAGUUUGCCCCGCCGAAAUAUGACGAAAUUCCACCGUACGGUCCUCACACAGCUAGUUCAAAUUCUGGGGCAGCCACUACCUCAGAACUCUCAGGAUCUGAACAAUCUGGAUCGAGUGGUCGAGGAUCAGCUGAGGAAGGAGAAGACGGUGAGGAUGAAGAAAUCAGAAUGAUAAAUGAAGGACCAUUACAAAGAGAAUCGGGUAUGCAUAGACAAUCUAACGGAGUAGAUGAUGAUAAUCUCUCGGACGUUUCUGUACAUAAUACCCAAGAAUACUUAGCAAGGCUUGGUAUCGUUGAGACUGGCACUGGUGGGGGAGCAUCAACAUCAUCUAGAAGAUGUUCAGAAAAUGUUGGAAACAAAGACACCAUGUUACAUCAUGGCCCCAUAGAUUCAAUGCAUAUGUUUGACGAAGAUGGCGCUCACGAGAAUGAUAUUACCAAUCUUAUUUAUGCGAAAUUAAACGAAGUAACUGGUAGUGAAAGAGCAAGUAGUGCAGAUGAAGCAAGUGCAGCUGUGGAUAGAGCUAUGGCUCUGGGUUCCUUCCCAAGUGCUCCAGGAGAAAAUAAUGCUGUUCCCACCGCUGGACCUUCUAUGACAGGAAGUCUCAGUUCUAUUGUUCAUUCUGAAGAAGAACUAACCGGUAGUUAUAAUUGGGAUUAUCUCCUCGACUGGGGGCCUCGUUAUCAACCAUUAGCUCAUGUAUUCUCUGAAAUAGCUCAUUUGAAGGACGAUGCAGUUUCGCUUCAAAGUGGUAAUAGUGGUGCUUCUAGUGCAAAGAGUAAGGGGACUUCGAUAUCGGGUGGGAAAAGUGUACCACCACCUUUGCUGACAACGGUUGCCCCAAGAAGUUGUCCAGCUCCUUCCCUAUCAUGUAGGCAACCGCAGCAUUUGUUACCCAGGUCUCCUAUAAGUCACGAUGUUCCUGGGGGAUUUUCAGCUGCCGCAGCAAUGUCCCCAUCAUUCUCACCAUCUUUAUCACCUCUAGCUACGAGGUCUCCUUCAAUGUCUCCCUUAGUUGGUCCAGGACUACCUCCUGCACCCGUUAAUAGAAAACCUCCGCAUUCAACGAUGAGAAUAUGAAAUUAGAUAAUAUUUUUUUUAGAAGAUUGUAUAUAUAUUCACGACUGUUUUGCCUAUAAGUAUUGGUAUAAAGUAAUAUUUAUUGAUUGCCGAUGCAAUCGGUUUAGUUUAUUUGUAUUUUGUAUGUCAUUUUGUGCAUGUUAUUUGUAAAAGUUGCUGCCUGAAUAUGCUCAAAGUGAUUUGUAAGCGCUUAUUACCGAUUUUUACGGUAAAUUGUAAAUACUAUAUUAUUUCGGGUUUAAUUUUUAUAUCAUGUAAAUAUUAGUCUGUUUAGUGCCUUGUAUUAUAUAAAAUGAAGACUGCCAUGUUAAUUUUACUAUAGAAACAAACUGAAAGCUUUACUUUAAGCUAUAAGUGUACUUUAAAUAUUGCAAUUUAAAAAUUAAGUAAACUUUAAAUGAAUGUAAAAUACCGUACUUGUGUAAAUCUCCUAUGUAAGUGAACUUCGUGCCUUUAUAUCUGAAUAAAAUGUACAUUGUAGAAAAUAUUAUACUGUGAUUUUCAUCUUAGCGUUGAAGAUAUUUUGACCAUUUAUAUCAAAUUUGGCACAAUAUUUUAAAAUAAAUUAAAUAUUAAAAUAGGAAAUACAAUGCCGUAAAAUUAAAUUAUGAAAUGUGUAAAUUUUAUAGAAAGCUUAAAUUAUAAAUUUUCAUAAUACUACUCAAGUAGGGUCGGUGCACAAGAUUUUAAGAACUUUAAGGUUUUGGCUUAAUUUUACAGCCAGCCGCCUGCCUUUUGCGAACCAUAUUUGGUAGGAAACUACUUAAUAUUGUUUAUCUUUGGAUUAUUAUCAUCUUACAUUUUUUUUGUUUUCUACAGUUACGUUAAUUCCCAACAAUUUGAAUUAAAUUUGAUAUAAAUGGUAGUAAUUGUAUAUACUUAUUACUUUAUGAACUAUUACGUUCCAACGAUUGGCUGCGAUGUUAAAAUAAACACGAAUAAAAGUUUAAAAUCAA